ACGAAUGCACUCCAGUCAGGAGAGACACGGAGGGAGGGCAGAGAGAGAGCACGAUCAAGCUCCAUACAGCAGCAUUUCGCCUGCUGCCCGUGCCCUGUAUCCUCGUUCUCUGGACGGAUCUCUUUAAUUGCAUUCCAGAGGAACUUUCUGUGCAGCAGCUUCCUCUCGGACUGUGGGGAACUGGCGGGAAUCGUGAACUUGUGGAUGACCCCUUGUGGAGGAAGUGGAAGGAAGAAGGGAGGCUACAGAAAAGAACAAAAGAGAAGGAGAAAAAGGGAAUUUAGUGGCAUCCGCUCCAUCUUUUGAGAGAUCCGACAAGGGAUUUUCUUUCUUUUUCUUGCUGUCUGCUCUCCAUGCGAACAGAGAGCAGCCAGCAGCUGCACACUGGCAGGCCGUAUGUGUGUAAAUAAUGUGCUGAGCUGCUAUUGGCUGGGCAGUGAGCCAGCCAGGAGCAGGACCCUGGAGGUGCAGAAGCUUUACCUGACUGGAUUGGCGAGUCUGACACCACCACGCAGCUUUUCUGCAAGCAUCUCUGGCUUCCACACGCUCUUACAUUAAAAAGAGUGAGUGAGAGCGAAUAGUGGCGGGGGGGGAGUAUGCAUGCUUGUGUGUUUUUGGAGCAGGAAAGAAUGCGCACCGUGAAUGGGGAGUUCAACCAGACGACUCAGCCUGGAGAAAGAGAAGACAACUGAUGACUAAGUUUGUAUGUGGGCAGUAGUAGGGAAGAGCUUUCGUCUGGCUGUGACUUAAGUCCUGUCCAGCUGAGCGCACUCAGAAACACAUUUGCACACGUGGAGCAGUGUUUAUCUUCCUGUCACCAAUGCUUUGGACCACUUUGGGGAUGUUCCAGAUCUUGCCUGCAAGAACGUAAUGUAUCCGAACAGUGUGGUGUCAAGGUGAAGAGUUCAUUAUACAGCCUUUGAUGGGGGUUUGAGUCGUGCUGGGUAGAUGUUGUGCUGACUCUUCAUGUAUUUAUUGGACCCUCCUAUCCAGAACAACUUGCAGCGGUAGGUGAAUGUAGCUUUUGGAUUUUUCCCCAAGGACCGUGGCAUUCCUGGCUGGACGGGAAAUCCGAGCAUGGAUCUUUCAGCUCCGAUCUUGAUGUCGUUUGUUCAUGGUUGAAGGAACUUUGAGACUGAAGACACAACAACUGGCGUGGACCUCCUUAGUAGCACCUCAGCUUUUCUUUUUUUUUUAAGACUAAUUUGUUUUUUGGGGGGUCCUUUGUGUUGGCUGCUCUGCGCUAGUGGAGCGUAGCUCCGCUGAAUUGAGCUAUUGUUUGAAAGCUGGGUUCUCUCACGCUGCAAGACCCCCUCGCGGCCCCCCUUCUGCACCUCCAGCACCCCCCAAACUAAAGCAGGACCACCCCUUCCCUCCCUUCCCUCCCUCCGUGGUCCCUUCAUCUGUCCUGCCUGAUCCUCCUACGUAUCUCUUCUCCUCCUAUCCACAUGCUGAAGAGGUCUGAAUGUGUGGAGAUGUGUAUGUGCGUGCCUCUCUGUGCACAUGAAGCUGUGUACUCGUAAGCCUGGAUUACAGAUCUUGCACGUAUUGCUUAUCUGGACACAUCUCCAAGCAACUGAUCCAGGCAACGUGGACAAGUGCAUUGUUCUUGAUGGAUACUGAGGCAGCCUAGCAUCUGCUGUUCAGCUGAUUGCUUGUGUGAAUAUCCCUGCAUGCGGGACCAUCAGAGAGCCAGAAGAAAAGAAAAGCGGAGAGAGAUAAAACGGCGCUCGUGUUCGGGCUGGCCAUGUGGGGAGUGUGAUUGUGUAGCAUUUGGGAGGCAGGCAGUGGGGCGGCGGGCGACCGCUCUGUCCUGGCUCAGCCAUGAAGAAAACGCGCAGUACCACUUUGCGCCGGGCCUGGCCCAGCUCGGACUUCUCGGACCGGGCCUCAGAACGUACCCGCUCUCGCAGCGAGAAGGACUACCGGCUUCACAAACACUAUGCCAAACCCUUUAUCUCCCACUCAGUCUCCCACUCACCCCGGAUAUACAUGGCAGCAGGUGAUGUGUCUCCUAUCAGCAUGUCUCCUAUCAGUCAGUCCCAGUUCAUCCCGCUGGGGGAGAUCCUGUGCCUGGCCAUCUCGGCUAUGAACUCUGCCCGAAAGACCGUCACACAGGAGACGCUCAUCGAGCAUCUGGCAACAUGCUUCCCAGGCGUGCCCACUCCAAGCCUGGAGAUCCUGCGGCACACCCUCAACAUGCUUGUGCGGGAACGUAAGAUCUACCCAACUCCAGAGGGUUAUUUCAUCGUCACCCCGCAGACCUACUUCAUCACGCCCUCCCUCAUUCGCACCAAUAGCAAGUGGUACCACCUGGACGAGAGGAUCCCGGCAGCCAUGCAACAGCCAUGUUCCUCUCCCCCCUCGGGCACCGUCACACCUUCCGCUUCAGGCUGCGUCAGGGAGCGGUCUCACCACAAGAACCACGCCGAGCCUUACAGCGACAACUACCGAGAGGACCUGCCCAGCACACACACCUCCACGUUACAGAGGAGGUCCAAGGAACACAAGGAGGUGCAAUACCCAGUCUCUCCGCCUCCUCAGCAGCCCUCGGAGAAGAGCAAAAGCGCCCUGAGCUUUGCCUUCAAGACAGAUGGCAGCAGCAAGCAGAAGGAUGGAAGCAGUAGUACUGGAGGUAGUGAGAAGCAGUCAAAGAAGUUUGGCCUGAAACUCUUUAGGCUGAGCUUCAAAAAGGACAAGACGAAGCAGCUGGCCACCUUUUCAGCCCAAUUCCCACCUGAGGAGUGGCCUCUGCGGGACGAGGAGACGCCCAGCGUUGUUCCACGGGAUGUGGAGAUGGAGAUCAUCCGGCGUAUCAACCCGGACCUAACGGUAGAAAACUUGGCGCGGCACACGGCUGUCAUGAAACGACUAGAGGAGGAGAAGGCACAGAGAAACAAAGCCAGCUCAUCGGCUCAACAGAGCGCCCGCGGCAAGCGUGGUCGUGGCCACCGGAAGGCUCAGCAGGGCAAGCAGUCACGCAGUCACAGCAAGACGCGCGCAUCCAGGGGGGACCCUUCUGAGGGUUCCAACCUGGAUAUAUCCUAUGAACGGGACUACAAGUUCUAUAGCUCUUCUCUGGUGCGGUCGCCAAGGGAAACUAUGAUGUCCAUGGAGCGGAACAGGGGGAAGUACAUGGUGCAUAGCAACCCGAACAUUGUGGAGUCACAUUUCACUACAGCGCCUGAGUGGGACGUAUCGGGGGAGCUGGCAAAGAGGAGGACGGAGAUGCCCUUCCCUGAACCAUCCCGAGCGCAGUCACACUCAAAAGUCCACCGCAGCCACAGCCACACCCAGGAAAGGAAGUCACGGAAUGAGAGGUCAGACAAGGCCAAAGAGAGGUCGCGCUCUAUGGACAACUCCAAGGGCCCCUUGGGAGGCCCAUACUUAGGCAAUCCUGAGGAAUUUGAGUGCAGUCCAGAUGACAGAAGUCGGUAUUACACCGACGACGGAACUUUGAGGGCGUCUGCCCAAAAGAGCCACUACUCCCGCACUAUGCUCUCUGCUGCUAGGUUGAAUUCUGAUGUUUGCGUGCCUGAUGUUGGGAGGGGGACCCCCGAGGAUGUCAUGCACUGUAGACCACUGGAGAAGAGCAAAAGCAAAGACAGCUUACCGGCUUAUGGUGACCCUAAGUCCUGCUCUCCAAAAAUGCCUGUGGACGACUAUUUCCAGCGCAAUGCAUCAAACGAGGCCUCUUUUGCAGCUCCCUCCCCUCUCACAAAAUCCAGCCACGAUUUCGCAGACAGCGUCUGGAAGGGGAUUCCCUCGGAUCGGCCGACUCCACUUCUGACCUCACCCCAUCCCACGGAAUACAAGGACGAUUCCAUAAUGGGACAGAAUAGUUUAACGUUAUCGGUGCCUAACCAGACACCAGAGCCUUUGCCCAAUGGACGCUUGAUGCACCAACUUAAUCCCGACUCAGGUGACUUGGACAAAAUGGCGGAGGUUUACGGCCAGGAGACUUUGUUCAAACCUCCAGACUUUGUGGAGAGCAGCUUUUCCAGGCCAGGUACGAUGCGCAAGUCUCCGCACACCAAGUCAGCAGAGGUGCUGGAGAGCCAGGAACACUUUGAUGAGCCUCUCCCACUAUCCUCCAUGCCAUCAUCCUCGGGUCAGGAGCAGGCAUCUUGUGCUGAAACCACCUUUGACUACUACAACGUGUCCGAUGAUGACUCAGAAGGGACCAGCCAUAAGAACAAGGUGGAGGAAAAAGUUUUGGAAGGCGGUGGGACGAUGCAGUGGCUGCUGGAGCGGGAGAAGGAGCGAGACCUCCAGCGCAAGUUUGAAAAGAACCUCACUUUCCUUAGCCCCAAAGAGGGCGAGAGCAACAACAGCCAGAAGUCGGCCCACUCCACACGCCUGGACAGCAUGGACUCCAGCAGUGUGACUGUGGACAGUGGAUUUAAUUCCCCACGCACUCGGGAGAGCCUCGCCUCGAACACCUCGAGUAACGUAGAGAACAGCCGGCGGCAGAACAUGGCUCUCAGUCCUGGUCACAUUGGCACCAAGAGGCCGCCGCCACCUUACCAGCCGCCCAGCUUCCGCUCCAUCCCCGAGCCGCCCACCGCCCGCCCUGAGAAACAAGCCUCCAUCACCAGCGUGUAGGGAGCAGAGGGAGAGGAGAAGGCCUUCUCUUAAAGCGAUAGUUUAGCAAAAAAUCUAAUUCGCACAACUUUCUCCUUACCUUAGAUGUAGUCAAUUAGCAGUGACAUGUUUGACACAAUUUGCAUUUUGUCUUAAGUUUGCUUCUUUAGUUUUACACCAGAGCUAUGAAGCUAAUAUAGGUGGAUGAUGGAAGCUUAUCACCACCAAUUUGUAUUGUGACUUAUGGACACUAUGUGAUAGAUAGGUAUCUAUAAAAUGGAAAAAUGUAGGCUUCACAAUGGCUACUGUUUUUUUUAGCUAUGAGACAUACUUUUGUCCACAUACUUCUGACCAAACGCCAUAAACAAGUCUAUUUGACUUAACAAAGAAUGCAGUAUGU